AUGUCGGUCGAUCCAGCUAUUGUUGCCAAAAUCGAUGAAGGCUAUGCCAAACUUCAAGGAGCCAAGGAUUGCCAUUCUUUGCUCAAGAAGUACCUCACCAAAGAGGUUGUCGACAACUGCAAGAACAAGAAGACCAAGCUCGGAGCUUCCCUCCUUGAUGUGAUCCAAUCCGGAGUUGCCAACUUGGAUUCGGGAGUCGGUGUCUAUGCUCCGGAUGCGGAGGCGUACACUCUCUUCAAGCCUCUUUUUGAUCCACUCAUCCAAGAUUACCACAACGGAUUUGCCCCCAACCAGAAACAGCCAGCCACUGAUUUGGGAGAGGGAAAGACCCAUCUUCUUCCCGAUCUUGACCCUGAGGGAAAAUACAUCAAUUCGACUCGUGUUCGUUGUGGACGUUCUCUUGAAGGAUAUCCAUUCAACCCAUGUCUCACUGAGGCCAACUAUCUUGAAAUGGAGAAAAAAGUCAAGAGCAUCUUCACCAAUAUCAAGGAUGAGGAACUUCAGGGAACCUAUUAUCCUUUGGAUGGAAUGACCAAGGAAGUUCAAUCUCAACUCAUUGCUGAUCAUUUCCUUUUCAAGGAAGGAGAUCGUUUCCUUCAGACAGCUAAUGCUUGCCGUUAUUGGCCAAAGGGACGUGGAAUCUACCACAACAAGAACAAGACUUUCCUUGUUUGGGUGAAUGAGGAAGAUCACCUCCGAAUCAUCUCCAUGCAAAAUGGAGGAAAUGUUGGACAGGUGCUCGAGCGUUUGAUCAAGGGAGUGAAAAUCGUUCAAUCUCAAGUUCCAUUCUCUCGUGAUGAACGCCUUGGAUGGCUCACUUUCUGCCCAUCAAAUUUGGGAACCACUGUUCGUGCCUCGGUUCACAUCAGAUUGCCAAAGAUCUCUGCAAAACCCGAUUUCAAGAAAAUCUGUGACGGCUUGAAGCUUCAAAUUCGCGGUAUUCACGGUGAGCACUCUGAAUCGGUUGGAGGAGUCUAUGACAUCUCAAACAAGGCUCGUCUUGGAUUGACCGAAUUCGAGGCUGUGAAACAAAUGUAUGAUGGAAUCAAACAUUUGAUCGAACUUGAGAAGAAAGCU